GGGCUUUUAUUUGGGUGGGGGGGAAGGAUGGGGGAGAUAAUGCUUCGCCUUUUCUCAGCUCAUUUCUUCUUCUCCACCGUUUUUGUUUGCAGACAAUGAUGGCUGAGUUGUGGGUAAACUGUUCUUCAACCGGAUGAACCGGGUUGUAAUCAGCAAAGCUUGGGACUUUGAAGAUUUUAUUUUUGGGUCCUUGAUGAGUCGAUGCGAGUUGAAGGCGUUUGGAGGCUGAAGCUCACUUGGGAUUUUGAUGCUGGGAAUCGGAAUGAAGAUUGCCACGUCAAUGUUUCGUUCCGCUUAUGUCGUGGCUUCCCAUAGUGCUCUGCCUCCGGUUGGGGCAGUAGGGAAAUUCCUGCCCUUUUCGAAGUCGGUAGCUGUGAAUGGAUCGGUUCCGGGUCAGGGAAGAUGCUGUUGCUUCCGGUCUUCCAGUCCUUAUGUGGUCCUGGAGGACAGGAGUUAUGGGAACAAGCAGGUUAUCAGCAUCACUCCCCAACUUUAUGACUACAUUCUCUCCAACGUUAGAGAACCAGAGAUUCUACGACAACUUCGCGAGGAGACAGCCUCGAUGCGUGGUAGUCAGAUGCAGGUUUCGCCAGAUCAGGCACAACUACUUGCAAUGCUUGUGCAGAUUCUUGGGGCAGAACGAUGUAUCGAAGUUGGAGUUUAUACUGGAUACUCUUCCUUGGCUAUUGCACUUGCCCUGCCAGAGUCCGGUUGUUUAGUGGCUUGUGAAAGGGAUGCCAAGUCUCUUGAGGUUGCUAAAAAGUAUUAUGAGUUAGCUGGGGUUUCACGCAAGGUGAGUGUGAGACAUGGACUAGCAUUGGACACACUGCACUCUCUUAUUUUGAAUGGUGAAACUUGCAGCUAUGAUUUUGCAUUUGUUGAUGCGGAGAAGAGAAUGAAUGAGGAAUAUUUCGAAUUGCUGAUGCAGCUUGUGAGGGUUGGUGGCGUGAUUGUGAUAGAUAAUGUCCUUUGGCAUGGAAAAGUAGCUGACCCAAUGGUAAAUGACAAGAAGACUAUCAGCAUAAGGAAUUUUAAUAGGAGAUUAAUGGAGGAUGACCGAAUUAGCACCAGCAUGGUGCCGAUUGGUGAUGGCAUUUUAAUUUGCCGCAAAAGAUGAGCACGGAUUGGAAUUUCAGGUGUUUGGCAGUGAGGCAGUCAUUACUCUAUGGCUCAUUCAAACUGCGGUAUACAUAGAGAUGCUAACCCAGGAUGACAGCACUGGUAAAGAUGACUCAGCUAACUGCUCAUAAAUUGCUCUAUAUCAUGUCCUAGGUGCCUCCAAAGAACGAAUGAGAAAAAUCUUCAGAUGAAGCCAUUGGUGAGUGAAGGGAAGAACCUGGCCGAUGGUGUCAGUCAUAAAGAAGUCAUUGGAAAAUUUUGAAAUUCUAACAUCGACUGGUAAAGGGUUUCGGUAUUUCAGUGUUGAAGAUGCAGCAACAAUUCAACUUAUAAAUUCAUCUUGUUUGAUUAUUUUAAUACUCAGCAAAGCAUGUCGGUCUUAUUUUCAAGUUGAUAAAUUGUACUAUAUAACCUUGUCUCA